GGGUCUGACGUCACAAAUUGUCCGUAAUGGUGGCGUCGUUGAGUGUUGAGUUUUGCAGAGUGUGUACUUGAGCUCGAGUUCGGACUGUAGGAUGCUUCCGCAUAUCUGCGUUCGUCCCUGAUUCUCGUGCACGGCUCGUACCGUCGCGGCGACAGUUGGUCGUUCGAUCGCGGAAUCUUGUCGCCGACCGACGCCACCGCGGUCGACAUGGCGAAAGGUAGUGUGGUGCAGUUCGCCUUUGAGCGUCAGUACGACACCAGCAGCCGGCUCCGGAACAGGUUGUUCCACGACAGAUACUGCUCCGCCAGCGACUUGUACAGGAAAGACCUGUACGCUCACUUCGGGUGCGUCAACGCCAUCGAGUUUUCCGCCGACGGAAAUUGGCUGGUGUCCGGUGGGGACGACAAGCGGGUGUUGGUAUGGAACGUGCCCGAAGCCCUAUCGGAUCUCAAGACGCCCCGUGCUAUGAAGGGCAAGCACAACAGCAACAUCUUCUGCCUCUGCCUCGAUUCAUGCAACCGGACUGUGUUCUCCGCAGGCAACGACGAGCAAGUAAUAGUGCACGACAUGGAGACGGGCCGGACCACGGACGUGUUCCUGCACCAGGAGGCGGUAUACGGACUUUCCGUGGAACCGACCAAUGACAGCGUCUUUGCGAGCGCCUGCGACGACGGCUGCAUCCUCAUCUACGACGUACGAGAACCCAGCUCCACCGACCCCUUGCUUCUGGUGACGUCUUCCUCUGCCUUCCAUUCGGUGGCCUACAAUCCCGUCGAACCACGCCUGGUGGCCACCGCCAAUUCCAAGGAAGGCGUUGCCCUUUGGGACGUCCGGAGGCCACGUUGCUGCUUGCUCCGGUACGACAGCCAGCUGGUGCCCCAGGGCGCGAUGAGCGUGCGCUUCAACGGCGACGGGAGCCUGCUGCUGGCGCUGCGGAGGCGCCAGCCACCGGCGCUCUACCGCCUAGAUGCGUCGCACCCCGUAGCUCAGUUCGACCACUGGGGCUACUACAACUCCUGCACCAUGAAGAGCUGCUGCUUCGCCGGGGAGCGUGACGAGUUCAUUCUGUCGGGGUCGGACGACUUCAAGCUGUACUCCUGGAAGUUGCCCCAAGAAGUGACCAGCGGCCAGCGCAUCACCUCCCCUCGGGGCGUGCCCAGCUGCACUUGGGUGCGUCAGGCCCACCUGGUUCUGACCGACCACCGGUCCAUCGUAAACCAGGUGCGCUUCAACCGGGCCAGCAUGGUCCUGGCAUCCUCCGGCGUGGAGAAGAUCAUCAAGCUGUGGAGCAGCCUGCCCCUCCCGGGCGGGGCGGGCGGCCUGAGGCGCGAGCGUCCCCCCGAGGAACAGGCGGAAGAGCGUCGCAAGCGCUACACGUACGAGGAGUACAUCGACCUGGUGAUGGAGAGUGGGCAGUUCAUGAGCCACGACUACAGCCACCAGUCGGUCAGGGAGGACCCCCGCAUGAUGGCCUUCUUCGACUCCCUGGUGCAACGCGACGAAGAAGGUUGGUCGACGGACUGCAGCCAGGACAGCGCGUCGUCGGUGACGGUCAUUCCCCGGGCCUCGGUGACGUCCUCUUCCUCGGACGAACUGCCGGAGCCGGAGCCGAGACCGGUCCGCAUUCCCACGUCGCAGGAGAGACGCGUGCAGAGGCUCCGCCAGCUCCGUGCCCGGCUGACCUCCCGCGGCGGCCAGUCUUCGGACAGUGACGACGACUGGGUGCCGAGUCCCUCUCCUUCCGCAAGCUCUGCGGCGUCGGUACGAGUGUCGGAGCGAGCCUCGCACGACGCGGAAGAUCGUGCGUGGCACGCAGCGCAGAGAGAGCCCAGCUUCGAGGACGCGAGGUCAGCCCCGAAAGGAGACUGCGAGGAGCCUACAAGCAAUGGCGUCGCAGGCUCCUCCAACGGGGCCGAAGGCGAGCAACAGCAGGCAAGCACGAGCCGCUUCAAGCGGCCUCGCCUGGGCGGCCUCCGCAGCCAGAGGUCCUACCGGAGGCAUAACGGCAGCGCAGACACGUGACGCAGUUGCCGGACGUUUUAGUUGUACAGUUGAAAAUGGAGUCUGCAUUGAGGGAGGGGAAGCCGGAACGAACUCGGACGUGGAGUCUCGGCCAAGUGAAAGGAGCCUGGAAAGACCUACAGUUGGUGACAGGUCAAGAACGAAGUGGAAGCUCCUCCCACCCACUUUAGCAGCACGAACGCCGGGGAGGAGACGACCUCCUCUCCAGCAUCUGCUUUGCUAAUGUGGAAAAAGGUGGGAGGAGCUUCAACUUCGUUCUUGACCUGUCACCGACUAUAGAGUUACAGUGUUGCCGUCGGAUCACUUGUGAUGCAGUCCCGCGUGUGUGUCACUGAAGCUCAUGAUGAGCUUUAUGAACCGACAUAGGGUUCGUGAUAGGCCUAUGAAUCGCAGAGUACACGAUUUACUCUGAACCACAUAGAUCACAUGAUGAACUCUGAAGUAAAUAGAGUACAUGAUAAACUUUAUGAGCAUCAGAGUACAUGAUGAGCUCUGUGUGGUCCAUAGGGUUCACAAUGAACUCUAUGAACCAGAUAAAGUUAACCAUGUACUCUAUGAACCACAUGGAGGUCUCAAUGAACAUUAUGCAGGCCAUGGGACAAACUGUGAUUCAUAAAGUUAAUUCUGCAGGUCUUGUCGAGUUAGGUGGGUCAUAGAUUCCAUGAACUUUAUGAAUCAUGGCUUUCAUGAUGAACUCUAUGAGCCCCAUAGAGUUUAUAAUAAACUCUAUGAGCCACAGAGUUGGCAGUGGACUUUAUUAACCACACAGAGUUAAUGAUGAGCUCUUCAUGGUUCGUAGAGUUCACGAUGCAGGUCAUGUGCAGUCAUCUGGUCUAUGUGGUUGAUAGAGCUCAUGAACUUUAGAAACUGCAUAGAGUCUAUGAUGGACUCCAUGUGGUUCAUAAAAUUUAUCAUGCUGGUCAGGUGUGGCUAUGGCAAGAGUGCAGGUGCAAAACCCCUUCAGUAAAACAGUACACUAUGCCUUCUAUGGGACAGCACAUGAUUAGGCAGAUGGAAUAUGCAAGCGGGCUCCAGCAACACCUGUGACAAUGGAAGUUGAUAAAGUCGGAGGUGUGCCUCCAGACUUGCUUCGCUCUGCAAGGUGCACUGUUCUGCAUCGGUCCAUCUGGGCUUGUCACUAACCUCGAGAGAUAUAUCGUUUGCAUUGUACUUUAUGCAGCAGUGCUUCUCUAAGGACUUUGACGUGUCAAGAAUGACCGUGGUGUGGCGAAGAUAGUAUGUUAAUAUUAGCGUAGACAUAGCUAGGACAGUCUGAUUUAUUUGCCCCAGCUUUGUUGUUUGUACCGGUGCCUCCUUGGGGACUUCUGUCGCGGGUGUCAGGGGAAGUUUGUGGGACUCGCUGUUAGAGAUUGUGUGAUUGACGGCGGAUGAAAUGGCGCUGAAAUGUGCCGGGUGUUUUGGAGGGAAAAGAACCGGGUUUCUUUGGGAAUGUGUAAAUAAACUAUACAGUACACACUGCAAGAGGCUGACACUAUGAAAAUGUGAUGCUAGCAGUUGGUAUAGAACACAAAAAUUUAAGAGCAUGACGUUACCUGGAUUAAAAGAUAGAAGAGAAACACCAGAUUUCUAUAUGAACCGACAUCUGCCUAAGCCUAAUAUUGUGACAACAAGGAAUGACAUUGUGGACGCAUGUAGGAUUUACUUUGGUAAACAACCUGUCGGCGAGAAAGAAAAUAUUCUCUUUCUUGCUGCCAAGCAUUUUAGAGCGCAGCUCUUAGGCGCCUGUUUCCGGGUUUUGCGGCGUCGGCAUAACCGCGCUAAAUUUAGCGGGAAAAUUGACAUUACGUGAUCUCAACACCUGUUCAAUUCCCCACUAAAUAUAGCGGGGAAUUGAAUUAGUAUUGAGGUCACGUGACAUCAAUUUUUCCUCCAAAUCUAGCGGAGAAACUGAAUUUGUUCAUAGGUGACGUUACACCAAGUCAUGUAACGUCAUUCUCUCCGCUAAAUUUAGCGGGGAAACUGAAUGGGUGUUGAGGUCACGUGGCGUCAAUUUUUCAGCUAAAUUUAGAGGGGGAAUCUAGGAGGAGGGGAGGGUACGGAGGGGGAAAGGUGGAGAGGGUACGGAGGAGGAGGGGCAUACCUUCGCUUCUAUACCCUCCCCUUCUCCUCCUCAAGAGCUGCACUCUAAUUUCGCAUUACAGAGAUUUGUAAACAUCUUUCAUUUUUUUUCACUGAUAGAAGUGCCAGAUGCGUCACAACGUCGGUUCUUGUUUUGAGGUUAUUAGGCUUAGGUGGUUGUCGGCUCGUAGACAUAUUUUGUCUUUCUAUCAUCCUUUGAUCCAGGUAAAUUCACGAUUUCCAAUUAUCGUGUUCAACUGCUAGUGUCACAUUCUUCCGGAAUUUAAAUGUCCCACGAUGCGCAGUAUCCAGAUAGGCCAGAAAACACGGUUCUUUUUUCUUAAAUACACUCGGUACAAGCGCCAACUGGGUCUCGCUUCCUGCGGCAGUGUUGGGACUAUGAAACCUGUUUGCAAAGACUUCUCUUUAGCGUUUACAAGAAAGUCUGCUUCCAGAGAAAAGAUAUUCUUCCAGCCUGAUGCAUCGAGCGAAGGGCUUGCUUAAAUUAGGAGACCGGGGGCCCUAAUCUGGACGCUCGGCGAAAAAGUCGGCGAGAAAUCUGGCGGCCGUGAUUGGCCAACGCCAAACUUGACCUUGGAGCCGGCCAAUCAUUGCCGCAGGAUUUCUCGCUGACUUUUUUGCCAAGUAUCCAGAUUAGGGCUCCAGUUCUACGAUGAUGCACCCAGGCUCGAGGUGGUUUCUGUUUGUAAGUUAUUAUUCAAGAUUGAGUGUGUUCAUAUCUGUGAAGCGUUCCAAUAAAUUCCAGGUGAAUUGCA